AUGGCAGCAGCUCACGCGGACUGUUCCGGCCAGGAGGAGACGAUGGCAACUUUUCACCCGACUUUGUGGGGAGAUUACUUCCUUACACACCAGCCACAAUCUUCAGGGCAGCAACCUCAGAUGAGAGAAAGAAUGGAAGUUUUAUUGGAGCAAGUAAGAACAGUAAUAAAAGAGUCAAAUGGAAUACAAAAUGUAAUGGAGCUUAUACUCUCGCUUGAACGACUUGGCUUGGACUACCACUAUGAGAAUGAGAUCGGGGAACUACUAGAUGUCGUUUUGAACUCUGAUUAUGAUGAUAAUAAUCUACAGUUGGUUUCACUUCGAUUUUAUCUUUUGCGGAAAAAUAGAUAUGAUGUCUCAUCUGAUGUAUUCAAUAAAUUUCAAGACAGAGAAGGAGAUUUCUUUGAAUCCGAUACAAAUAGUUUAUUGAGCUUAUAUAGUGCAGCACAUAUGAGGACCAAGGGAGAGCAAGUACUUGACAAGGCAAUCUAUUUCACUAAAAAACACCUCCUUGGUGCGUUAGUACAUUUGGAAUCACCGUUUGUAGAGGAAGUGUCUUCUGCACUUCUUACACCUCCUUUUAGAAGGGUUAGGAUAUUAGAAGCAAGAAGCUACAUACCUUGUUAUGAAAAAGAGGCUACACGAAAUGAAGCCAUAUUGGAGCUUGCAAAAUUGAAUUUUAAUAUUCUGCAACUUCAUUUCUGUGAGGAGUUAAAAGAGGUCACCUUGUGGUGGCAGAAACUCAAAGUCGGGCCAAAUUUGAGUUUCAUAAGAGACAGAAUAGUAGAAACUUAUUUUUGGAUAAAUGGAACUAGCUACAAUCGCAAAUAUUCUUAUUCUCGUAUUAUAGCAACAAAGAUCACUGCUUUCAUGACUAUAAUAGAUGACAUAUUGGACACCUAUGGUAGUACUGAAGAGAGCAUGCAACUUGCAGAAGCAAUUAAUAGGUGGGAUGAAGGUGCAGUAGAUGUGCUUCCAGAAUACAUGAAGGAUAUCUACUUAUAUUUGUUGGAAACAUUUCAUUCUUUUGAGGAGCAUUUAGGACCUGAGAAGAGCUAUCGUGUGGUUUAUCUUAAAGAAUCGUUCAAGAAAUUAGUUCAAGCAUACACCGCUGAACUAAAAUGGCGUGAUGAAAAAUAUGUGCCGAAGAAAAUUAGCGAACAUCUUGAAGUUUCAACGAUAAGUAUUGGUACAGCUGUGGUAGCAUGUGCUUUUUUCGUUGGCAUGGAUGACAUAAAUGCGGAGACUUUCAAUUGGCUUUCUAGCGAGACAAAACUUCUCAAGUCUUUUGCUAUAUUUGUACGGCUCACGAACGACAUGGCAUCAACAGAGCGUGAGCAACAAGGGGUCCACUGUGCAUCUACUAUCCAAUCUUACAUGAAGGAGCAUGAGACGACAAAAUAUGACGCAUGUGAAAAGAUAAAGGAACUUAUUGAGAAUUCAUGGAAUGAUAUAUUAAAACAUUAUUUGGAAUUGAUAGAUCAACCAAUGGUUGUGCCACAAAUUAUACUUGACCUUUCAAGAACUGUGGAUAACAUGUACAAGCAUACCGACGCAUACACUAAUUCAGAGACGAUCAAGGAUACUAUAAGAAUGCUUUUUGUUGACCCAAUGGAAUAG